GCGAGCCCCGCCGAGGCCCCCGCCGCGCCGCCGCGAUGUACGACCCCGAGCGCGGCUGGAGCCUGUCCUUCUCGGGCUGCGGCUUCCUGGGCUUCUACCACGUUGGGGUGACCCGCUGCCUGAGCGAGCGCGCCCCGCACCUGGUGCACGACGCGCGCAUGCUGUUCGGCUCCUCGGCCGGGGCGCUGCACUGCGUCACCAUGCUCUCCGGGAUCCCGCUGGAGAUCAUCAUACAGGUCCUCAUGGAUAUAAGCCAGAAGGCCAGGAGCCGGAACAUCGGCAUCCUCCACCCCUCCUUCAGCUUGGGCAGGAACCUCCAAGAAAGCCUUCAGAGACAUCUCCCAGACAACGUCCACAUGCUCAUCUCUGGCAAAACAUGCAUAUCACUCACCAGAGUGUCCGAUGGGGAAAACGUGCUGGUGUCUGAGUUUCAGUCCAAAGAGGAAGUUGUGGAUGCCUUGCUCUGUUCCAGCUUCAUCCCUUUCUUCAGUGGCAUAAUCCCUCCUUCCUUCAGAGGCGUGCGAUACAUGGACGGAGGAGCAAGUGACAAUGUCCCUUUCUUUGAUGCCAAAACGACCAUCACUGUGUCCCCCUUCUAUGGAGAGUAUGACAUCUGCCCUAAAGUCAAGUCCACGAACUUUCUUCAGGUGGACUUAACCAAGCUCAAUCUGCGCCUCUGCUCAGAGAAUGCCUACCUACUCAUGCGAGCGCUUUUCCCUCCAGAUCUCAAGGUGCUUGGAGAGAUUUGCCUUCGAGGGUACUUAGACGCCUUCAGGUUCUUGGAAGAGAACGGGAUCUGCAACAGGCUCCAGCCGUGCCUGAAUCUAUCCUCGGACGAGAUGAAGAAUCUUAAAGUGGCCUGGGAACCCGGGAGCCCGGAAGCUCCCCCGAGGGUGGCUGCCGGUGGGACGAAGCCCGAGCCAGACGAGCUGCUGGACCACCUGCGCCUCAGCAUCCUGCCCUGGAACGAGGGCAUCCUGGAGACCCUGUCACCCAAGCUCCUUGGAGAUCUGAGUAAAGCAAUUAAAAUCCAACGUGGAUACAUGAGCAAGAUUUACAACUUCCUACCAGUUAAGGUCGUGUCCUAUAUGAUGCUGCCCUGUACGCUGCCCGUGGAGUCUGCUAUCGCCAUGGUCCAGAGACUGGUGACAUGGUUUCCAGAUAGGUCUGAGGACAUCCGGUGGCUGCAGUGGCUCACCUUGAGUAUGUGUUCUCGGGUGAUGACACAGCUGUUCUCCAUGUCCAGAUCCCAGACACCGGCAAGCAGCCCGCAGCCUUCCCUGAAGAACAUGAAGGCACUGCUACCCUCCUGGCUGUCCAGUAGGUGCCGGAGCUGAGGCGGCUGGGCAAGCCCAUCCUCCUGCCUGGCCUGGCUUUUCCGGGUUGGAGUUGGGAGGGACUCCUCCUUCCCCGCAAUCCUAUGGUGCAGAAGCGUUUCGGAGUCAUUUGAGGAGACGAGUCUGGGACAUUCUUUCAGAAGUGCUUUCUGAUCUUUCUGCAGACGCGUCUGUGCUGGCACUUAAUGUCCUGCUGUUCUGCCUCUGUGCUCAGUUUAUAGUUCACUGAAACCAAAUGGCAAUCUGUUAUUUUUACGAAAAGCUAGGAAGCUACUUUUGGUGUAUGUGGUGGUCUGGAGCAUAAGGAAGUUUAAUAGUUAAGCUUCUGGGUAUGUUAGCUUAGUUGGCUGGGAAGCGGCAAUAGGAAGGCCAGCGUGGAGGGGCAUGGCCAGUCAACCUGCAGUUCUCUGGGCACGAAGUUUCUAGAAUAGCAGGUGUUGUGAGGGAUCAGGGGUGUGUGUGUGGGGGGGUGGGGCUUGUGGCCGGCGGGUGGGCUGCCCUCUGUACAGUGUUGGGGUUUGGAAGGAAGAGUGAUGUGAUCCCAUUUCCUCACAUGGGAAAUAGUCAGUGUAGCUGGGGCAGGUGGCAGCCUUGUCCAAGGGGGGCCACUGGGGGUCAUGGGCCGUUAAAAGAUGCUAACUUAUUUGGGAACACUUUUCUGACCUAGCUUAAAUAUUUGAUAGAGUUUUGUAUAGAAUAUAAAGGAAUCUUAUUGUUUGUUGCAUUUUAUGUCACGUGAAUCAGGAAGGUGUUAAUAAGCCUUAUUAAAAAAAAAAAAAUCCAGUGCACAGGCUGGCAUCCCAGGAUACCAGGCAGUUGCCCAGCACAACAGAAGGGCUUGGGUCCUGCGCACCUUUCUCAACAUCCCCUGCCCUUCUGAACUCCCAGAGCCUUAAUGGAGAUAAGCAAGAGAUGGGGACCUACCUUCUCCCUAGGUGUGAUUUGUUGGCAAGCACAGAGUAAUGUGACUCCAGGUGAAAUAUAAUCACGCAUUUGCGCGUAGCAAGAAAGAAACAGCGAUAAGCUCAAAAUCCUCCACGUUGGCACAGGAAGCUGUAGCUCUCACCUACACUGUGCAAGGACGUUGGGAGUUGAAGAACCAGAAAGUUCAGACAAAGCACUUUGUUAUAAAGACGUGUCCUCGAAAAAAGAAUGUGGUUCUAGGGGCAGCCUCUACGUGAGCUCCUUCCCUUGAGCUGCCAUGAGAUUGUGGGCUCCUAGAGGCAGGCUCCUUGAACAUACGGGGCCACUUCCCAGGGCACAGAGCCGCCCCCCCCCCCCCUUUGUGGCUCCUCGCAGGGUCCUUGUGUCUCCGGGAUGGGAGUACUGACGAGGCUCCUGUUCUGGUAGCACUCGCUUCCUAAGGGAGACAAGAGCUGGCGAGAGGUAGGCUCUCCCAGCUGCUUAAAGCUCCAGAACAAGGCACUGGUCCUUGCUGAGCUGGCCUAGGGGUGGGGGAGGCCAGGCCUGACACCCCACCCACGCCCCCGGGCUCCUCCGAGCCCUCCCUCACACCUGCCCCUGAGCCCCUGAUUCUCGAGUUCCCCUGAUCACCUGUCUUCCAUUGGAUGUGCAGCAUGGGCUGCAGCAGAUCCGAGCACGCUUCACCAGUAUUUGACAAUAACUGCCACCUUUCUGUAGACCGUAUACACAUGCUAGUUCUGUGACUGGUAGAAAGAAGGAAUUAUUUUAACAGCUCAUGGGAUUACAUGCAACUGUUUUUUUUUUUUUUUUUUUACUACUUUUUGAACUGGUUCCACCUUCUCACAAUGAGCAUGUGUUUUAUACUUUUUGAAAAAUGUGUGUUAAGACAAAGAAGUGUUCUUUCAGAAAUGGCCAAGGCCCCACCCACCACCUGUGCCUUAAUACCAUCCUACCCCCACCCCAUACCUCUCCAGCACGGCUGAGGUAUCUGAUCGGUGCGUCGGAACAUUCUUGGGUUCCUACUACCUUAUCGAACAAACCUCUUCUUCUUUAUAUGGCACAUUUAUGCUCUGGAAUACAUUCCACUGUCAGGAAUAAUAACUGUGUAGUCUAGGUAAUGACCAGGGAGCAACAGCCUUGGUGAACAGAUAACAAAACUUGGUGCUGAGCAUGAGCCUCGUCUUGUUAAUAAAUAAUUAAUUAAUUAAUUAAUUUGUGGGUGUGUAUUGUGCACAGAGCAAAGGCAGAGAACGUACACACCCCAGUACUGACAGUGGUUGUUAUCAUCCCUCCCAUAAUUAUAGUUCAUUUGUUGUGCUGGUAUGUGGUUUUCAAAUUUCUAUGGUAAAUAUUUAUUACUUUCAUUGGAAAAUAACUCAUAAUAAAUGUGACUUUGAAAACGUU